GUAUGUAUAUGCUGUGAACAGUUGGAAUGUACUUGGCAAAAGAGGGCCCCCUGAACUUGACACUUCCUUGUUUGUGUCUGCUGUUCAUACUGUUGGCCGUCAAGGGUCAAGAUGACCAUCAUAUACAUCAGCUAUACACUGACAUCUUCAAAAACAACAACCCACUGGUCAGACCAGUCAAGAACAGCAGUGACACUAUCACGGUCUCAUUACAACUUUACCUUCUCAGCAUGUCCGACUUCGAUGAAGUUACUCAGACUGUGACAGCUAACGGCUUUUUCUUUGUGACCUGGAAAGAUGAGUUUCUAACCUGGAACGCCAGUGAGUAUGGAGGAGUCAGUGAAAUUCGUCCUGAUUAUGGGAAGGUUUGGAGACCUUACAUCACAAUUCGCAACCAGGUGGACAGUGUUGAUCCUCUGGGAUUGGACUUUGGGAUCAUGAAAGUGACAGCCAAUGGAGUUGUGACUUGGUUGCCAGGAGAUACAUUCAAGACUUUUUGCAAAAUGGAUGUUACCAACUACCCAUUGGACAAACAGGAGUGUUCUUACAUCACGUUAGACUGGGGUUAUGCUCAGAAUGAACUUGAUUUAAAACCGAUUAAUAACUCCAUAGGAUUAAAUUUAUUUAACUCCAACAGCCAGUGGAAUAUAGUUAACUCAUCUGCUGAAAGACUUGUGCUUGAAAACAUGGGCAUAUCAUUUUCACUUGUAAACUUCAAUAUUACACUGAAGAGAAAGUCGACAUUAGUGAUACUGACAACUCUCCUGCCUGUCCUGGUCCUGGGAUUAGUGAAUAUGGUGGUAUUCCUCAUUCCUGUCGAGUCUGGCGAGAAGCUGUCCUUUGCCAUCACGGUGUUACUGUCUUUCACUGUAUCACUAUCCUUCGUCACUGGACUGCUGCCACAGAACGCUGACAGUAUACCUGUGUUUACUAUCUUAAAUGUUAGUCUGUUUAUUAUGAGUUCAACAUAUGUGUUCCUGACCAUCUGGAUCAUGCACGUGUUCCAUCGCGACGCCGCCAUCAGGCCUGUUCCCACGUGGAUGGGACGUAUGACACGAUCCUGGGAGAGAUGCUUCUGUGGCACUCCUCCUGUGGGAACCCAGGAGACCUCGACUCAGGAAAGAAUGUCAAAGGAAACAUCGGAACCCUCAUCAAUUACAUGGAUGCAGGUCAGCAGAAUGGCUGACAGGAUUGUCUUUCUUUUUUUUUUCAUGCUUUUCAUCAUGACAGUAAUAAUCGGUUAUCUUAAGAUAGCAACUUACUGACAUGACACAGACCUGUAAACCUAAUGGUAGAUUAGCAAUAACAGUAGGAUACAGAUUUGU